UCCGAGGAAAAAUACAAAAUGCCGAUUCAGAAAGUCAAAGCUCGUCAGGUUUUCGACUCCAGGGGUGACCCUACAUUAGAGGUGGAUGUGAUCACGGAUGUUGGGCUGUUAAGAUCAACGGUGCCGUCCGUUUUGGUACCGAGCCCGAACCAAGCUCAAGAGCUAAGGGAUGGAAACGAGUCCAUGUACCACGGCCGUUCGGUGUUCAGAGCCGUUGACGUGGUGAACAACAUAAUCGCGCCGCAACUUUUGAAAUCGAGGCUGGAAGCCUGCCAGCAGACAGAGAUAGACAGCUUGCUGAACCGCCUGGACGGUACCGAGAAUAAAUCGAAACUCGGCGCGAACGCGAUCUUCGGAGUCUCCGUUGCCUGUUGUAAAGCAGGAGCCGCGAAGAAGGGGCUUCCGGUUUACAGAUAUAUUGCUGAAUUAGCUGAAAAUGGUGAACUAUAUAUACCCGUCCCUAGCUUUAACAUGAUCAGUGGUGGUAGACACGCUAACAAUACACUACCGUGUCAAGAAUUUAUGAUUCUACCCAUAGGAGCCGAAAGCUUCGCGGAUGCUAUGAAAAUGGGUACAGAAGUAUACAGGGUGCUUGAACAGAAAAUUGCGACCGCGCAGGAGAUUCAAUUACCACUACCAGUCAGUGACGAAGGCGCGUUUACGCCUUUGGAAUUAGAAGAGGAUAAGGAAGCUCUGUUACUAUUAGAUGAAUCCAUCAAAGAAGCUGGAUACGAAGGGAGAAUUAAAAUAGCAAUGGACAUGUCAGCCAGUACCUUUUACAAAGAGGGUGGCUAUGAUUUAGCAUUUAAAACGGAGGACUCUGAUCCUGAUGACUACAUGGAGUCUGAAACGUUGAAAGAUCAGUACUUGGAAUACUUCGCCGAAUUUCCGUCCCUCGUUUCAAUCGAGGACCCGUUCGAUCAAGAAGACUGGGAGGGAUGGCUAACACUAUCCGAUCAGGAGCAAAUGCAAAUCGUCGCCGACGACCUAACCGCGAUGAACAUCGACAGAAUCGAGGAAUCUAUUGAGAGGCAGAUGGCGAAUGCUCUUGUGUUAAGAGUAUCGCAGAUUGGCACCGUAACAGAAGCGAUCAACUGCGCGAAAAUAGCGAGGAUCAGCGAUUGGGGAUACAUCGUGUCAGCGUGCGAAGGAGAUACCGAGGACAAUUUCGCAGCCGACUUUGCUAUAGGUCUGUCUGCCGGACAGUUCAAGGCAGGCGCGCCUUGUAGGAGCGAGAGAAUCGCUAAAUACAAUCAGAUACUGAGAAUCGAAGAAGAACUGGGAAGGGAAGCGAGAUAUGCUGGCAUUAAUUACAGAAAUCCUUUGGCCAAAUAAUUAUUUUUAAGCAACGAUGAUUGGUCAGA